AGAUGCCUGUGACCGUGGGCCCCUAUGGGCAAUCGCAGCCUAGCUGCUUUGACAGGAUAAAGAUGGGUUUCGUGAUGGGCUUUGCCGUGGGCAUGGCUGCAGGAGCUCUGUUCGGCACGUUUUCCUGCCUCAGGAUUGGCAUGAGAGGACGAGAGCUGAUGGGUGGAGUUGGCAAAACAAUGAUGCAGAGCGGUGGGACCUUUGGGACAUUCAUGGCCAUUGGGAUGGGAAUACGCUGCUGACCUGGAGCUGGGACUGCCCCCCUGCCUGGCCACCCUUCUCUGUACCAGAAUAAAGUCUUUAGAUACCUGGAA